UUUCUCGUGCGCCAUCUUUGGGGACUGUGAGAUCAGAAAUUAACUCCGUCUUUAUUUCAGUAUCCAAACUUAUUAUAAGUAUAUAUAUAUAAUACUCUUUUUCUUUGUGAUACAUCCAUGGAUGGCGGAAACAUGGUUGAGUAUAUAAAUCAGCCGUUGCUGGAAAAUGAUGUAGAAAAUAUCAAGCAUGAUUCAAUUCAAUCGCAAAGAGAUGACAAUACUUCAAAUCAAUUGCAAAGAAAUGGCAAUACUUCGUUUUCCAAAACGGUAUUCAACGGUCUCAACGCUCUCUCAGGAGUUGGGAUACUCUCUGUACCGUACGCUCUAUCAUCAGGUGGUUGGGGGAGUCUACCAUUACUUUUUGCCGUUUCCAUGGGUGCAUUCUAUGCAGGAUUACUGGUGAAACGAUGCAUGGAAGUAGAUCCAACUAUAAACUCUUUCAUCGACAUAGGAGACCGUGCAUUUGGAACUGCCGGAAGAAUACUGGUAACGAUGUUUAUGUGUGCAGAACUAUACCUUGUCGUAACAGGAUUUCUAAUUGUGGAAGGGGAUAAUCUAUACAAUCUGUUUCCCAAAAUGGAAUUUAAUAUUUUUGGAAUCAACUUUAAAGGAAAAAAAGGGUUCGUCAUCCUGGUUGCACUACUUAUAACCCCAUCAGUCUGGUUUACUAACUACAAUAUUCUUUCCUAUAUAUCAGCCACUGGUGUUUUAGCUUCUUUUGUGAUUAUAUUGUCGGUAUUCUGUGUUGGUGCAUUCGGUGGAAUUGGAUUCCAACACAAAGGGGAAUUCUUUAAUUGGUCUGGAAUUCCUACUUCUGCUAGUUUAUAUGGCUUUUGUUACUGUGCUCAUCCUGUGUUCCCUAAUCUUUACAACUCCAUGCAAAAGAAGCAUAACUUCACUAAGGUACUUGUAAUAUGUUUCGUGUGGAUGACAAUCAGUUAUUCUUCCAUGGCAAUAAUUGGGUACCUAAUGUUCGGUUCAAAAGUAUACCCAGAAAUAACAUUAAACCUUCCAACCAACAAAAUAAGCUCUAGAGCAGCUAUAUAUACAACAUUAGUAAGUCCACUUUCCAAAUACGCAUUGAUGUUAGAUCCAGUUGCAAUUGCUAUUGAGAGUUGGUUUCCGGUUCACCACAACAGACCAUUUAAAAUUAUGAUUCGAACAAUUAUUAUAAUUACUCAAGUUAUUAUAGCACUUUACGUACCUUUCUUUGGUCGUCUAGUAUCUCUAGUCGGCGCAUUUUUGAGUGUUACAGCCUCAAUAACUCUUCCGUGUUUGUGUUAUUUGAAGAUUUCAGGCAAUAAUGUUGGAUAUGAAAAGGUACUAGUUGUGGGUGUUAUAAUAUCAAGCUUGUUGAUUGCUAUAUUUGGUACCUACACUACUUUGGUACAACUUAUUUAUGGAGUGGCCAUGCCAAUCUAAUUUUUUUUUUAUUAAGAAUGUAUAAAUUUUACAUUUCUAUUUAUGAUUUAGACGUAGAUCUCUUAGGUUUAUUUACCUAAUAUACUCCUCUGUAAGAAUUUUUUAACUAGUUGUAGGAAUCUUUAUGAUCAGAUGGAGUAUGAAUGACAAAAUGCGUUCUUGAA